UUCAGGCGUCCUAUUACAGUGGAACGAGCCAAGGAUCAGGAUUUGCAGCUCAGCUAUAUAAACCCGGCAGAAAUCGGGUUGAUGUGACCAGUUUGCCUUGCUGUCAAAGCUCUCCGGGGUUCACACGCUCACCCGCGGCAUCGGACAACGCAACUUCGCUGAGUUUUGACAGGACGGCAACGGAGCUGGGAGCUGGGAGCUGACUGAACAUCUUAUUUAUUUCAUGGAGACUGCUCCCAGCGGGAUCUAAGCUCUGGCAGAGGCUGGAAGGGACCAAGUGUGCCAGGAAAGAAAAGGACACCUGGCUUGGUUUGCACAGGCUCUCCAAUUUCUGCUCCAGGUUACAAAGGCCAAACAGCCAUAAGACUCUCUCAACUCGUAACAGGACCUGAGCAGCACCAUGGGACUGCCCAGCCGGGUUUUGGCCUGUGCCAUCCUCGCCCUGCUGUGCCAGCACGUCAGGGGGGGGCUCAUCAAGAGAAUCAUCCGGCACAAGCGGGAGACAGGGCUCAAUGUGACCCUGCCAGAGGACAACCAGCCUGUGGUUUUUAACCACGUCUACAACAUCAAGCUGCCUGUGGGCUCCCUCUGCUCCGUGGACCUGGACUCGGCGAGCGGCGACGCGGACCUGAAGGCGGAAAUCGAGCCGGUCAGGAAUUCCGAGGAGCACACGGUGAACGAGGGGAACCAGAUCGUCUUCACGCACCGAAUUAACAUUCCCCGGCGGGCCUGUGGCUGUGCAGCUGCCCCAGACAUUAAGGAUCUGCUGAGCAGACUAGAGGAGCUGGAGGGGCUGGUAUCCUCCCUCCGAGAGCAGUGUGCCAGCGGCGCUGGAUGCUGUCCCAAUUCCCAGGCAGCGGAAGGUCGCCUGGACACCACCCCUUACUGCAGCGGGCACGGCAACUACAGCCUGGAGAUCUGCGGCUGCGUGUGCGAGCCGGGCUGGAAGGGCCCCAACUGCAGCCAGCCCACCUGCCCCUCCGACUGCAACGACCAGGGCAAGUGCGUGGACGGGCUCUGCGUGUGCUUCGAGGGCUACACGGGCCCGGACUGUGGCGAGGAGCUCUGCGCCCCGGGCUGCGGGGCCCACGGGCGCUGCGUGGGCGGGCGCUGCCUGUGCCACGAGGGGUUCACGGGCGAGGACUGCAGCGAGCCCCUGUGCCCCAACAACUGCCACGGCCGCGGGCGCUGCGUGGACAGCGAGUGCGUGUGCGAGGAGGGGUUCACCGGGGAGGACUGCGGGGAGCUCAUCUGCCCCAACGACUGCUUCGACCGCGGGCGCUGCCUCAACGGGACGUGCCUGUGCGAGGAGGGGUUCACCGGGGAGGACUGCGGGGAGCUCGCCUGCCCCAACGACUGCCACGGCCACGGGCGCUGCGAGAACGGGCUGUGCGUGUGCCACGAGGGCUUCGUGGGCGACGACUGCGGCGAGAGGAGGUGCCCCAACGACUGCCACCACCGCGGGCGCUGCGUGGAGGGGCAGUGCCAGUGCCACGAGGGGUUCCUGGGCGAGGACUGCGCCGAGCUGCGCUGCCCCGGCGACUGCCACGGCCGCGGGCGCUGCGUGGGCGGGCAGUGCGUGUGCGAGGGCUUCAUCGGCGAGGACUGCGGGGAGCUGCGCUGCCCCCAGGACUGCAGCAGCCGUGGGGUCUGCGUGAACGGGCAGUGCCAGUGCCACGAGGGCUUCACCGGGGAUGACUGCGGGCAGCUGCGGUGCCCCGGCGACUGCCGCGGCCGCGGGCUGUGCGUGAACGGGCAGUGCGUGUGCGACGAGGGCUUCACGGGCGAGGACUGCGGGGAGCUGCGCUGCCCCCAGGACUGCCACCACCGCGGGCGCUGCGUGGAGGGGCGCUGCGAGUGCGACAACGGCUUCACCGGGGAGGACUGCGGCGAGCUGGCCUGUCCCAACGACUGCCACCAGCGUGGGCUCUGCGUGGACGGGCGCUGCGUGUGCCAGGAGGGCUUCGUGGGCGAGGACUGCCGGGAGCGGGCCUGUCCCAGCGACUGCAGCAACGCCGGGCGCUGCGUGGACGGGCGGUGUGUCUGCGAGGACGGGUACAUGGGCGAGGACUGCGCUGGUGUGUCUCCUCCAACUGAGCUGACGGUGACGAACGUGACGGAUAAAACUGUCAACCUGGAAUGGAAACAUGAGAAUCCUGUCAAUCAGUACCUGGUCACCUACGUCCCCACCAGCAGUGGGGGCUUGGACAUGCAGUUCACUGUGCCAGGAAACCAGACAGCUGCCACCAUCCACGAGCUGGAGCCGGGCGUGGAAUAUUUUAUCCGUGUCUUUGCCAUCCUUAAAAACAAGAAGAGCAUCCCAGUCAGUGCCAGGGUAGCCACGUAUCUCCCUGCUCCAGAAGGUCUGAGGUUCAAAUCUGUUCAAGAAACGUCUGUCCAGGUGGAGUGGGACCCUCUGAACUUUUCCUUUGAUGGCUGGGAGCUGGUCUUCCAUAACAUGAAAAAGGAUGACAAUGAAGACAUAACCAGCAGCUUGAAAAGGCCAGAGACAUCUUACAUGCAGCCAGGUUUGAUACCUGGGCAACAGUACAAUGUGUCCAUUCAUAUAGUGAAAAACAACACCAGAGGGCCUGGACUGUCCAAAGUGAUAACAACAAAGCUUGAUGCCCCCAGCCAGAUCGAGGCAAAAGACGUCACAGACACCACAGCCCUCAUCACAUGGUCCAAACCCUUGGCUGAAGUAGAAGACAUAGAGCUCACCUAUGGCCCCAAGGACAUCCCAGGGGACAGGACAACCAUCAACCUCUCUGAAGAUGAAAACCAAUAUUCCAUUGGAAACCUGAGGCCACACACAGAGUAUGAGGUGACACUUGUGUCUCGUCGAGGGGACAUGGAAAGUGACCCUGUGAAAGAAGUGUUUGUCACAGACUUGGAUGCUCCCAGAAACCUGAAGCCAGUGUCCCAGACAGACAACAGCAUAACCCUGGAGUGGAGGAACAGCCACGCCAACGUUGACAACUACCGGAUCAAGUUUGCCCCCAUCUCUGGUGGGGACCAUGUGGAGAUCACAGUGCCAAAGGGCAACCAAGCCACAACCAGAGCUACACUCACAGGUUUGAGGCCUGGAACUGAAUAUGGCAUUGGAGUGACAGCAGUGAGGAACAACAGGGAAAGUGCCCCUGCUACCAUCAACGCUGGCACUGAUCUUGAUAACCCCAAGGACUUGGAAGUCAGUGACCCCACUGAAACCACCCUGUCCCUUCGCUGGAGGAGACCCGUGGCCAAGUUCGAUCGCUAUCGCCUCGUUCACACCAGUCCCUCCGGGAAGAGGAGCGAAGUGGAGAUCCCAGUGGACAGCACCUCCUUCAUCCUGAGGGGGUUGGAUGCAGGCACAGAGUACACCAUCAGCCUGGUGGCAGAGAAGGGCAGGCACAAAAGCAAACCCACAACUGUCAAGGGCUCCACUGAGGAGGAACCUGAGCUUGGAAAGCUCUCAGUCUCAAAGGCUGGCUGGGAUGGUUUCCAGCUCACCUGGACAGCCGACGACGGGCCCUAUGAGAGCUUUGUGAUUGAGGUGCAGGAGUCUGGGAAGCCCGAGGAGAGCCGGAAUGUCACAGUCCCGGGGGGACUGCGCUCUGUGAAUGUCACAGGCCUCAGGGCCAGCACACCCUAUAACAUCACACUCCACGGGGUGAUCAGAGGCCACAGGACCACCCCCCUUUCUGUUGAGACCACCACAGGAGAGCACCCUGAAGUCGGUGAGCUCACGGUUUCCGACAUUACUCCCGAAAGCUUCAACCUUUCCUGGACAACCAACGGGGCCUUCGACGCCUUUACUAUUGAAAUUAUUGAUUCUAACAGGUUGCUGGAGCCCAUGGAGUUCAACCUCUCAGGCAAUUCAAGGACUGCUCAUAUCUCAGGGCUUUCUCCCAGCACUGAUUUCAUUGUCUACCUCUCUGGGAUCUCUCGAGGUUUCCGCUCACAGGCAAUAAGUGCUGCAGCUACAACAGUAGAGGAACCUCUCCUUAGCAAACUCACUGUAUCAAAUGCUACCUCAGACAGCCUGUCACUCACGUGGGAAGCACAGGACAAUGCCUUUGACCAUUUUAUCCUAGAGGUCAGGAACUCUGACUUCCCUUUGGACUCCCUGGUGCUCACAGUGCCGGGGGCCUCCCGGCGCUAUGUGGUGACCAACCUCAAAACUGCCACUAAUUACACUGUCCAGCUCCAUGGUGUAAUUGAUGGGCAAGGUGGUCAGACCUUGACAGCACUGGCAACCACAGAGGCUGAGCCACAGCUGGGCACCCUCACCCUCACAAACGUUACCCCUGACAGCUUCAACCUCUCCUGGACCACCAGAGAUGGGCCCUUUGCCAAGUUUGUCAUUCACAUUAGAGAUUCCCAGGCGGCUCAGGAGCCCCAGGAGCUCACGGUGUCGGGGGGCACCCGCAGCGCCCACAUCUCAGGCCUCCUAGAUUACACUGCCUAUGACAUUAACAUUAAAGGCACCACCAGGGCAGGUGUUCACACAGAGCCCCUCACUGCUUUUGUCGUGACAGAGGCCAUGCCCCCACUGGAAAACCUCACUGUGUCUGACAUUAACCCCUACGGGUUCACAGUGUCGUGGAUGGCAUCGGAGAAUGCCUUUGACAACUUUCUAGUGGUCGUGGUGGACUCUGGCAAGCUGCUGGACCCCCAGGAGUUCCUCCUCUCGGGAGCCCAGCGCCAACUGAAGCUUAAAGGCCUCAUAACUGGCAUUGGCUAUGAGGUUGUGCUUUAUGGUUUUGCCAAGGGGCACCAAACAAAGCCCCUGAGCGCUCUGGCUGUCACAGAAGCAGAACCCGAGGUCGACAACCUGCUGGUUUCAGAUGCCACUCCGGAUGGAUUCCGCCUCUCCUGGACUGCAGAUGACGGGGUUUUCAACAGUUUUGUUCUAAAAAUCAGGGAUACCAAAAGGAAAUCUGACCCUCUGGAGCUGAUAAUCCCAGGCCAUGAGCGCACCCAGGACAUAACAGGGCUCAAGGAGGGUACUGAGUAUGAGAUUGAGCUCUAUGGACUUAGCAGUGGACAACGUUCCCAGCCUGUAAAUGCAGUAGCAACCACAGUCGUGGGGUCUCCCAAGGGAAUUUCUUUCUCUGACAUCACGGAAAAUGCUGCCACGGUCAGCUGGACACCCCCCCGCUCCCGCGUGGACAACUUCAGGAUCUCCUUCGUCCCCGUCACGGGAGGAACUCCAAAUGUUGUUACGGUCGAUGGAAGCAAGACGAGGACCAAGCUGGUGAAGUUGGUCCCGGGUGUAGAUUACAACGUCAGCAUCAUCUCUGUGAAGGGCUUUGAGGAAAGUGAGCCCAUCUCUGGCAUCCUGAAAACAGCUCUGGACAGCCCCUCAGGCCUGGUAGUGGUGAACAUCACCGACUCUGAGGCUCUGGCAACCUGGCAGCCAGCAAUUGCUGCUGUGGAUAAUUAUGUGGUGUCCUAUGCUUCUGAGGAAGAGCCAGAAGUCACUCAGAUGGUGUCAGGGAACACUGUGGAGUAUGACCUGAAGGGCCUCCACCCUGCCACCAAGUACACGCUGAGUGUCCACGCGCUGAAGGACACGCAGAGGAGCGAGACCCUCUCCACGCAGUUCACCACAGGCCUGGACGCUCCAAGAGAUUUAAGUGCCACUGAGGUUCAGUCAGAAACAGCUGUGAUGUCUUGGAGGCCUCCACGUGCUCCAGUCACUGGGUAUCUCCUGAUUUACGAGUCCAUUGAUGGCAGAGUCAAGGAGGUCAUCCUAAAUCCUGAGACAACUUCCUACAGCCUGGCAGAGCUGAGCCCAUCCACCCAGUACACCGUGAAACUCCAGGCCUUAAGUGGAUCCCAGAGGAGCAAAACAAUCCAGACUAUUUUCACCACAACUGGGCUGCUCUACCCUUACCCCAAGGACUGCUCCCAGGCCCUCCUGAAUGGAGAAGCCACCUCUGGGCUCUACACAAUUUACGUGAACGGGGACAAGGCUCAGCCUCUGCAGGUCUACUGCGACAUGGGCGAGGAUGGGGGCGGAUGGAUUGUGUUCCUGAGGCGUCAGAAUGGAAAGGAAGAUUUUUACAAGAACUGGAAGACUUACGUGGCAGGUUUUGGAGAUCCCAAGGAUGAAUUCUGGAUAGGUCUGGAGAACCUGCACAAAAUCACUUCUCAGGGGCAGUACGAGCUGCGUGUGGACCUGAGGGACAAGGGGGACACAGCCUAUGCUGUCUAUGACAGGUUCAGUGUGGGGGAUGCCAAGAGCAGGUACCGCCUCAGGGUGGAUGGGUACAGUGGCACAGCAGGUGACUCCAUGACCUACCACAAUGGAAGGUCCUUCUCCACCUUUGACAAGGACCACGAUUCUGCCAUCACCAACUGUGCUUUGUCAUACAAAGGUGCUUUCUGGUACAAGAACUGCCACCGGGUCAAUCUGAUGGGCAGAUACGGGGACAACAACCACAGUCAGGGCGUGAACUGGUUCCACUGGAAGGGCCACGAGUACUCCAUCCAGUUCGCUGAGAUGAAGCUGAGACCCUCCAGCUUCCGAAACCUGGAAGGCCGACGGAAGCGAGCGUAGAGCCCCGGGGAGGGCAGGGGGAUGGGGGGGGACAGAUGGACAGGGGGGUG